AUGGAGUACUUUGAUUUUGAAGGCGCCUCAUCGGCUCAUGAAUCAAACCAUCCGAGCGACGAGGUCGCCUCGCUUGAUCUUGAAUUUGAUGAGCCCGAAGAGCGGGACGCCAGAUUCGACUCGUUGAUUCAGGACCAGUCGUUGGACUUUCUUGACACUGCUCCCGUGCCGGAGUCGGCCGAACAGUAUGUGGGCGACUUUAUGGGCCCCGAUCAGGACACCGGAGUCUACCCCAUGUUCCGCGCCCAGGAACCCUGUGACUUCUGUCGGCGAAUGGGCCUGGACUGCUUUGUUGCUAAACGUGGAGUGAUGCAGAACGGUUGUACCUGCUGUAUCUCUCUCUAUCGUGAAUGCAGUUUCACCCACGCCAAAGUCCCUGGCAAAUUUCUUCAGACCUUACAUCCCGUGUCAGAGAAUGCCUACAUCCCUACAGGUGGCUUGACGGGGAAAAGAGCACUCAAAUCUGUCUCGUACGGGGCCUUUGGAGACGAUACCGAUGCGCGCUCUCGUAAAAACAGCGCUCGAUUCUCUCGCAGGGCCGUCACCAUUCUCAAGGGCUGGUUGCGCGAGCACAACGAAAAUCCUUAUCCCAACGAGGCUGAGAAGGAUGAAUUGAAGCAGAGUACGGGUCUAACUCGAACACAAAUCUCCAAUUGGCUUGCAAACGCUCGACGACGCGGCAAAGUUCGACCUCUUACCGGCACCGAUUCGCCCGUGCCAGGAGCCGUCGACAUUCCUGGACAGCAACAUCCCAAAGAUCCAGCUCUCAUGACCCCUCUUGAACGUUGGAAGUACUCUCCUCCUGAAAACGAAGCGGCUACUAUAAGUGAUAUUACCCGUGCUUUGGCCAAUCCUCCAUUCGAUCCCUCGCGUCAACGCCGGACCCAUCCUGGUCACGUGAGGUCCCGUCGCCCGGGGUCCAGUACCAAUGAGUCAAGCCACGCAAGCUCAGAACAUAAAAGAUAUACUGCCUCAGCCAGUAGUUUGGAUACUAGUCGGUCAUCCCUCUCUGACCUCUCUUUCGCUUCUGCGUUCUCCCAUCGAUCCUCUCUUUCCUUUGGUUCAAUGGAUCGUAAGGAACGUCGUCGCCGCCGCAAACCUUCUGUACCUGCCAAUACUUUCAAUCAUCAGAAGGCCAAGGCAGUUCGUCCUUUCCAAUGUACCUUCUGUACUGAUUCAUUCGCCGCCAAAUACGACUGGCAACGCCAUGAAAAAUCCAUGCACUUGAUCUUGGACAAGUGGACAUGUUCUCCUCAUGGUGGUGUAACGGAGGAGAACGGUAUACUUCGUUGUGUAUUCUGCUCCGCAGCUAAUCCAGAUAGGGAUCAUCUUGAAACCCACAAUUACAUUAGCUGUCAAGAGAAGUCUCUUCAGGAAAGGACCUUUUAUCGGAAGGAUCACCUGAAUCAACAUCUGCGUCUAAUGCACAAUGCCAAGUUCCAACCCUGUAUGGAAAAGUGGCAGAGCAGCAUUACGGAAAUCAAGUCCCGCUGUGGUUUCUGCGGAACUAUCAUGCAAACUUGGAAAGACCGCGUGGACCAUCUCGCCGGUCACUUCAAGAAUGGAGCCAGCAUGGCGCAAUGGCAAGGAGAUUGGGGCUUUGAGCCACCGAUCCAAGAGCGCGUUGAAAAUGCCAUCCCACCAUAUCUCAUUGACUAUGAGUGGAGGUCCCCUAAUCCCUGGACUACCGUUCAAGCACAAGGGGAUGGCGUCUCACCUCAGCUCCAAUUCCCGAAUGACGCCAAUUGCUACAUGCGCCUCUCACGUGAACUCACUUCAUAUAUCCACAACCAAACUGCUCAAGGGAUCAUCCCAACAGAUCAGAUGCUACAGACUGAGGCGCGUCGAGUUAUCUACGGCAAUGACGACGACCCCUGGAACCAGACGUGUGCAGAUAACCCUCUCUGGCUGACGAUUCUGAAGCGGGAUACCGGCCUAGAAACUCCUGCAAGCAAUGACGACAUCCAACUUUCCGACCUUGGGUUGCAGCCUCCUUUCGUAGGUCACGGUGGUGUGCGGGAGCCUUCCCAAGAAUCCAAUCUCUUAAUCAGGGGAAUGGGCGCUGGCGCCCUACCCAGUCCAGCCGUGUCCAGUCCCGGUCUACGAAGUCCCGCAUACCCCCCAACAGGCUUCUCCUCUGCCGCGCCUAGUGGGCAGGGAAGUCUUGCAGGGAGCUACGCCGGAAGCUCAGGGAUGAUAUCAGCUGGCGUGCCAGCAUUCAUCUCUGAUUGGAGCAGCAGUCUACCUGGCCAUGCUUCAUCAUCAUCUGUUCAUGCAGAUGGAGGGCCACCUGAUCCUGAUCCGCUAGUGCAGAUGGGCUUCGAUCCGGAAUUCUUGCAGCGACUCAGCGACAGCUAUAGCGAGCUUACGCCACCUGAUAUGGAGAUCGUACCUUUGAACGCACCUCUAGACUACGAAGGCAAGGGAAAGCAGCCGUGGUUGAAUCCAACAUCGCAGACACCGCCACUCAUGGGAAUUCCGGCUUCAGAUCCCCUCGCAGCCCUCCAUUCUAAAGAAGGCUAUCCUCCUGCGUCAGAUGCUGCCCAAUCUGCGCUACCUGCAUUCCGUGAUGAUUCCGGGAAUUUUUGA